GUACAUGAGAAUCAGAAAUUUUAUCAGAACAAGGGUGGAUGCAACAGCACUCCUACACGUGUAUGGUUUACCACCGUGGACGAUGUCCUCAGUUCCCAGGCUCCAGCAACAAAACUCAAGAACAACAGGGACACUGAUGGUGUGUGAGUGGACAGAAACAUAUUCCUCAGUGAGCAGCUUGAAAGAAAGGACACAGACAUCACUGAGGAAGAAGAGGCUGGACAGAAGGAAACGGUGGAUUCCGCCUGCAGAUGUUGCCCAUCACCACAUGACUGAUGUGCUCGGCCGUUGACUGGAGCGAUGGAGGACUCCCCCGUCAAGCAACCUUGUCCAUUCAAUCAAAGACCCCUGGACUUCUACCUCAAACUGUUGCUGCUGUUGAAGAAUGUGAUGCACAAUCAAAGUUUAAUGCCACACUGUCCUUUAAGGACAGAAGACGGUGGGUUUCCCAACUUCACGUCCGACGCAGGGUCCCCUUUCUUUUAGAGGCUCCCUCUUCCUGCAACACUGGGACGCUUACAUCACUAUCAGCUAACCCUGGCUGAUGGUGACAACACUUUGCCCCACUGGAUGGUGUUUAGGCAACAAAGUCACGCUCUGGCCGGCCUGGCUCUGACUGAAGAGUGUGGGGCGUACCACCUUCAAGUGUCUGUUGCCAGCCAGAAGUGUGCUGCCGACAUUUAUCUGCACAUCCUAAACAAGAAAGUGACUGACAAGGACCCAGCAAGGGGAAAUCAGAACAGAGAUUCUCUGUCCUGCUCUGAAGGGGAGAUGAUCUUCUGGGCUAACCUUCUCCUUAAGCUGAACCCUGCGACUCUUGACGCCACCCAGCGUCUCCGUCUGGUCAGCACCGUGGCCAACUACCUCCGCCUGCCGAUGGGCUUUGUCUACCUGUUUUCGAGAAGAGAAAACUUCACACAACAACAGCAGAAGAAGAAGCUACGGGUUUGCAGGCGAGGCGGGCUCGUGGAAAAACCAGAUGUCUCGGGAGACGUGGCCGAGCUCCUGUGGCCCGUCGGCUGCCCAGGAGAGGAACGACUGUCGGAUUUAGCCACGUUACUGGAACACAGUGUGCAGACGGGAGGGUUGGAAAGGCUGCUGGGAGCUCCUGUUUUUGAAUGGAGGAUGCUCUGUGCACCUGAAGGGCUUCGACAUAAAGUUAAGAGAGACUUGCAGAGGCUAAAAUUCGUUCCAACUUCAACUCAGUUCUAUCAGACAGAGAGAUUUGACCAUUCACACCCAUAUUUACUUCCUCUAAAACUGGAACCAAGUCUGUCAACCUUUUUUUUGCUUAGGAACCACGAGGGAACAGAACUGGAGCCAACACACACGGAAAUUGCAGUAAACUCUUUUGGCAAAGAAGAUUUACUACAGCACUCCGGCACACGAGCAGAUACUUUGCCAGAGAGGGUUUUCAAGUUGACUUCUGAGGAUCAUGCUUUUUUGCACACCUCAUUCUGUGUGGUAUUUUUCUGCAGUGAUCCAAACUGGUUCUCGGUUCACAAUUCUGGAGAAAUUAAAGCCACUGAAGUUACAUCCGAUUCACCACUGAGUACUUCAGAGUAUUUCUGGGCCACAGACUUUUUUUCUUCACCAUUUCUGCCUGAACGUGUGUCAACAGUCAGCCGUUUUGUUGGGGAACUGUCCGCCGACGCCGCCCUCUUAACAUCGGUACCCUCGUACCCUUCACUGCCGCUGACCCCGGCCCCUUACAGUGUCGCCUCCGCCCUUACACAUGAGGCCAUCGACGGGGCAUCACGGGCCAGUCGUCUGACCCUUCGACCUCAUCUGAAGGAAACUUCCCUCUGGACUGAAGAUCACAGAGCCAACCACACUGAGUCAGAGAGACGGCCCACGGUGAGCUCACAGGGACACUUCAUCUUUAGCCAAGAGCCCACAGAAGACCCCAACAUUGUCAAACCAACACUCCACAACCUCCCAUCUGUUUCUCAUCCACCUCUCACAGAGACACGGGAUGAUGAUGUCCUGCUUCUGGCCUCCAGACUCGAGCCAACACAGUCACCGCCGCCAUCGAAGACAAUACCGACCACUCAGCUGUUUCCAGAUGUGUCACCGACCUCAUGUUUAACGACCGGGCAAUUAUCAAUAACUCGGGAAACUGAGACGGCUCAACAUCUGUCUCCAGCUCCCUCCGUAAUGAAUCAGGAAGUGACGUCUCAGAUGAAUUUAACAACUCGGGACGUGUCCUCGACCACAUCAACAGGUCCGCAGACACCGUCUGGUGAAGUUGAGCUGGAGUCUUCGCUCACAACGUCCUUGUUGGAGCCUUCAGUAACAAUGUUAACGCCGGCUUUACCCUCUGAGCUGGGUCUCUUUAGUGGACAACUUGACACGCCGAAUAUCAGAAAUACACUAUUUAGUGUAGAGUUUGUGAAAGCAUCACCAGCUUCAAUCUCACUGUUGCAGACAUUAUUCUGGUCUUUGCUUCCCGAUUCUGACAUCUCCUCUUUGCAGCAGAAUCUUAAAAGCAAAGUUGAAAUGGACUUUCAGUCUGAAUUAGGCACAGAAUUAAAUUUAGCUCCAAAUGGACAAACACAGACAUUAUUUUCAGGAAUUUUCCUGACAUCACUAUUACCUUUGCAAAGGACUAAAAGCCCCCAAAUAAUUUCAGUCACAUUAAGUGUGUUAAAAGACCCGUCCUUUGAAGUAGGAUCAUCCGUCAAAUCAACUCAUGAACGUUUACAGUUCUUGCCAUCGAUGAAACCAACUCUUGUUCAUACACUGCAGCUUGAGGAAUCCCAGCAAAUUGAACCAGUGCCAGAGUCGCAGGGACAUUUUAAAGCAACUGCUCCCUCUACUGCUCAGGAGCCACGCACUACAUCACCCAUUCAUCUAAUGCAAAGUCUAGAGCCCUCAUUCCCCUUGUGUGGCCCAUCUGUGGCGAAGGAUCAUGUUCUCAUCAGUGGGUGCACCCCACCAAUUAAAAAUGCGUACCUCUUGAACACAACGGAGCAUGUUCUCCUCUCUCUGACUAGUUAUUCACCUGGUGAGAAGCACUGGAUGGCUUUGCCAUCUCAGUUUUUUACGUUUGAUUCAAGUGGCCACUUCUUUUCCACCCAGACGUCAGUGGACUACACUUCAUCGCACCUCAGCAGCAUCUCCUCGGGCACUAGCUUCUCAAUAAAAACACUUUCCACAGAUAGAAGACAAAGCUCAGUCCAGCCAUCGAGUUCUUCAUCUCUUGUCUCAAAUUCCUUGAAUCUCCCGCCCAGGGUGCUGCAGUCUAUUCCAGUGUUGGUGGCCACGGUUGGCUUCCCCUUCCUCUACUCAAUCCCACCUGAAACCUUUCUGGAUCCAGAAGAUGGUGAGGCAGAUGCGCUCUCGCUGGAGAUCAGGUUGAUUGACGGGCCCCCCCUCAGCGUGGGCACCUGGUUGGCCCUGGACGGUCUGGAGCUCUGUGGCGUUCCCCUGGAGGUGGACCUGCAGUUUGCUCCUCAGCAUCUCCUCCUGGUCGCCCGGGACAGACUGGGCCUGAGUGCUACGUUGCCACUGACUCUGGAUCUGCGGCGCAGCCCCUUCGAACCCUGUCACGUUUUCACCCUGACGACUCAACGCAGCCUCCACUCCAUCCUCCGUCACCGACACACCGUGGACCUCUUGCUGACAAAACUGUCUCGCUUUUUCAACAGCUCUGGCAGCCACCAGCUCGCUGUGGUUUCAGUGGCGCCUGGGUCCACUGUGGUGUCCUGGUACAACCGCAGCAUGUGUGAGACGGGGCAAAUGAAGACAACACGUUGCCACGCUGAUCUUAUACACGGCAUGUGGUUGGUAAUGGUGUCUGCAGACGGCUCAGUCCACCGGGAGUUCAGAGAAGCAAUGCUUCCAGAGUUCCCCAUCACCAAAGUUGGGCCUGUGAGCUACAGACAAGUCUGUUUUCCUACAACUCCCCCUCCAACAUUUGGCAGUUCUACCCCUCCUCUCCACACCACCAUAUAUCCAGGCUCAGGCACCAAUACAUCCCUCAGUCCUACCUCAAACACAUGCUUCUCUGCAUCUACAUCCGUCAGUCCCACCUCACAGCAGACUCACUCCCACCGAUGGAUGGCGGGCAUGUUUACAGCUCUCCUUGUCGUCUGCCUCCUCAUCCUGAUCGCCGUCGUCGUUGCUGCAGUUCUGCACUUCUGCAAAGAUCGUGGGAGGUCAAGAACAGUCGCCGUUUGGCGCGCGAACCGCCUCAUCUCAGGUCAAGGCAGAGACCGGAGAGCCAUAAGACCAAGGCGGCCUCCGCUGUUCCAACCCGAGCUGCCGCCGCCUCCGCUGAGACUGUGGAUUGACCUCACGCAAGAUGACGGAAGACCACUGCCAAUAGAGCAAGGACCAAAACCCCAGGACAAAGUGUUGCAGCCUUGUCCUAUACAUUAUGAUUUCUCAAAUAUAUAGUAAAAAGAAAAUCACCUGUAUGGUUUGUAACAACAUAAUGUCACAAUUCCAGUCCCUCAGAAGUAAAGAUGAUUCACAUCCAUGACUAUUAUAUGGUCGAUCAUUUGGGACUGGGAAAAAGUAGUUAAAAUUAUUGUGUUUUGACUGAUCAAUCUUUUUUUUUCCCAGUGAGCAGCAACAGUAAUAUGACUAAAUGAAUAAUAACGAGUUUCAAAAUUCCUCACAUCCACAUUCAAUAUCAUUUGUGCAAAAGACGACUGCAAAGUUCUUCACUGACAGCUUUUAUUUUUGUUACACAAUAUGUGAACGGCAUAUCUACAAAUUCAUGGGUAAAAAAAUUAUAAAUUUCUUGUUAGAGUUCACUGUCUCCCAAAGUUUGAAAAAACACUGAUCCAUCCUCGGAGCGGGGGGGUGAAGCGUUACGUAUCAAUGGAGACAUCAUCUGGCGGCCUUGCCAUUUUCAUGAACGUCCAUCCUGCAAACAAGGAAAAUGUUUAAGUCUCAGAUGUAAUCCUGUGUGAAAUGUAAAAGACAUCUACCUAUAGCACGUGAUAUACGACACAGAGAAAUACUUUUAAUAGACAUGAGUGGUAUCUGUGUACAUGUACAGGCUUCAGACAUAGGAGGCAACUUGUAACCCGCUCAAUGCGAGAGGAGCAAUAAAACGCAUGAAGUGAUAGAUGAUUGAUAUUUCCAUAGUAACACACCCGUUCUCAUCUUUCAGGUGCUGGUACAGCUCAAACUUGUUGUUGACCGAGCUCACUCUUCCGACAAACUCUUGGUGCUUCCUGGAAUUGGCUGCGGUGAUACGAUUGGACCACAUGGUGAGGAGCGAGACGGGACCUGAAGUAAAAAACACACACACACACACACACACACACACACACACACACACACACACACACACACACACACACACACACA